AAUCUGGUUUCACUUUGAUGGUUGACGCCGUUCCUUUUGAUGCUGCUUAAUUUUUGGUCGGAUGAAAGAUGAGAUUUUUGGACUUUUUUUCGUUCGUUUUCACAAUCAGAUUGAAAGGCUAGAGUUUUCAGGUUCAAGGAGCUUAGAUUUUUGUGACAAUGGUUAGAUACAUAAUUCUCGCCGUUUUAGCCUUAAUUCUGAUAUUUGGUAGCGGAUCCGAUGCAUCACUGAUUGGAAGGUUACGGAAAAUGGUGGGGAUUGUGCAGACGGAGAAUUCAAAUCUAACAGAGAUUACUCCGUCGCCUAGCCCCAGUUCGGAUAAUAAAUCUAGUAAUGAGAACCCUCAAACUCGAAGUUCUCUGAAUGCGCGGGAUGAAAGCCAGCCCGCUGGUUCAUUGAAUGGAAAUUGUGAUGUGCCCACUAGGUGCACGGAUCGGAAGAAGAUGAUUGCCUGCCUUCCACAUCCUGAAAAUGGAUCGCAGGCAUUAUUCAUUCUGGUGGAAAAUCAAGGAGAGAGCACUCUGAAAGUGAAUGUUGCAGCCUCACCUACUGUAAACACUGCUAUAAAGGAGAUAGAAAUACCUAAACAUCAAAUCAAAAAGAUUAAUUUCUCAGUUAGUGCUGAAAGUGCUACAAUAAUACUAAAUGCUGGAAAUGGUGAUUGUGAACUUCACAUGGGACCUUCCCAAUCUGAUGACAACAUUGUCAAGCGGCUUUACUCUCAAGCCUCUCAUCUUAAUUUUACUCCCAUCUAUGGUGCCUAUAUUUUAUUGCUAACAGCUCUGAUUGUUGGAGGAACAUGGGCCUGUUGCAAGUUGGGAAGGAAGGGUAGGCAGCAUGGUGAUGGGGUCCCAUAUCAAGAGCUUGAAAUGGCACUGCCCGAGGCUGUUUCAGAUGUCCAUGUGGACACUGCAGAUGGUUGGGAUCAGGGUUGGGAUGAUGAUUGGGAUGAGGAGAAGGCAGAGAAAUCUGAAGUGGGACGUAAACAUGGUAAUGUUUCUGCGAAUGGUCUUACUUCCAGGUCUUCUAACAAGGAUGGAUGGGAAAAUGAUUGGGAUGAUUAGAAUUUUGUAGAAGAAAAACGAAGGUGUAUUUUCGUUCUUUUGAAAGAAAAAAAAGAAGGCAUAAAAA